AUGGUGCCGUUUUCUGGUACGGACCUCUCCAAUCCCUAUCGGAAAAUUCCAGAUUGGGAUGCAACUGAAAUUCCUUGCCAAUUUUGGAUCAAGUUUUAUCAAAGUGUUGGAGAGAUUAACGCUCACAGGCAAUUCACGAACUUGUACGUCAAUCAAUUAAACUGUGACGUUACGUUCAGUUUCGAUGAGAUCAAUGAAGACGAGCCGAUCGGUGGUCAUGUCAUCCUUUUGUCGGCCAGGAGCUCCGUCUUCGCUGCCAUGUUCCACGGCGGAAUGCAAGAAACGAGUACGAGAAAAGUUUGCAUCAAAGACAUCAAACUGGAUAUUUUCAAACAAUUGCUCCAUUACAUUUACUCUGGUCGAACAUCGACAAAGUUGUCAGAGGAAAACGCCCAGCCUUUGUUUGUUGCGGCCGAUAUGUACGACAUUGAGGACCUGAAAGACGAGUGUGUUCAGUUCUUGUUAACUUGCAUCAAAUUGGAGAACGCUAUUAAUCUAAUGGCGUGGGUGCACGUCCAUGAAGUUGAUUCCCUUAAAGAAGCAGCACUCGCUUUCGUGGCAUCACAUUGAAAAGAAAUAUAACAACAAGAUGAUUGGGAGAGGCUGAUCAAGAAUUAUCCAGAUCUUUGUUUGUUAGCCACUCAAAGCAUGUGGAAAUAA